AUGGGUGUUGGCAAGACACAAAUGCAGUCGGUGAUGAAAAGAAAACGAGAAAUUAUUGAAGAGUAUGAAGGGGACGGUAAUCUACAAACCAAGCUUCAGCAGAAAGCCACAGAAUAUGACGAUCUAAAUGACCUUGUUCACAAGUGGUUCUUAGAUGCUACUGGGCGUCACGUGAACAUAUCAGGACCACUCCUGAAAGAACGGGCGCUCAAGUUCGCAGCAGAAUUGGGGUUAGCGUCGUUCAAGGCAUCAAAUCGGUGGCUCGACUCAUUCUUAAGACGCCAUAACAUUGUAUUCAAAACACGGACGGGUGAGAGAGCGGAGGUGGAUCCAGUCGUAGUGGAUGACUGGAAAAAGCGUCUUCCAACAAUCUGCAAAGGUUAUCAACCGUGUGACAUCUAUAACAUGGAUGAAACAGGAUUAUUCUACAAACAAAGCACAAGUGCGACGUUCUUCAAGAAAGGCGAGACAUGUGCCGGCGGGAAGAUGGCGAAGGAGCGCAUCACUGUGGGUUUAUGUGCCUCGGCGUGGAUGACGACCGGGAUAAUGGAAGACUGGCUGAAGUGGUUUGAUCGGCGGAUGCGACAUGCCAGAAGACACGUCAUAUUAUUCGUAGACAACGCACCAUCACACCCUCGCAUCACACUAACCAAGAUCAAGCUACAGUUCCUUCCUCCAAACACAACAUCAGUGAUACAACCCAUGGACCAAGGGAUCAUACAGACAAUGAAGCUAAAGUACAGAAAACGUCAACUACAACACGUGAUGAUGGAGCUGGAAAGAUCGUCGGCGACCACCGGACCUCAAAUUCUGAAAGAGGUUAACAUCCUACAAGCUAUCUACUGGGUCAUCAGCGCAUGGAAGGAGACAACGACGAAAUAA